CGUCCUGACUGGGCCCUAGCAGCUCCGUCCAGCCCCCUCGCGUCCCCAACUGCAGCCAGCAGGGAAGCAGCAGCCGCCACAGCAGCAGCAGCAGCAGCAGCAGCGGGGAUGCGCGACCGAAUACUGCUGGCAGCGUGCGGCCCAGAGGAGAUUCUUCCUCAGCCGCCUGACUUGCCAGCAGACCUCUUCACUGCAUGCCUCACCACGCCCAUCAAAAUCGCUUUGCAGUGGUUCUGCUCACGCUCGCUCCUGCGCGACUCGCUGGACCCGGAGAUGGUGGAGCGCAUUCCCGGGCGGCAGAGUGAGCGCAAGACGGCGCUGGGCGAGCUCAACUGGAUCUUCACCGCCGUCACCGACACCAUCGCCUGGAACACCCUCCCCACGCACCUCUUCCAACGCCUCUUUCGGCAAGACCUGCUCGUUGCGUCGCUGUUCCGGAACUUUCUGCUCGCGGAGAGGGUGAUGAGGGCGAGCGGGUGCACGCCCGUGUCGUAUCCACGACUCCCACCCACGCACCAGCACCACCUAUGGCACGCAUGGGACAUGGCAGCGGAGAUGUGUCUUGCACAACUGCCCACGCUCCUUGCAGACCCCAACGCCGAGUUCCAGCCCAGCAGCUUUUUCUCGCAGCAGCUGAUGGCGUUUGAGGUGUGGCUGGAGCACGGCAGCGACAAGAAGAGACCCCCGGAGCAACUCCCCAUCGUGCUGCAGGUGCUACUCAGUCACUCGCACAGGCUGCGAGCUCUCGUGCUUCUGGGAAGAUUCCUCGACAUGGGACCCUGGGCUGUCGACCUGGCGCUGUCUGUGGGCAUAUUCCCGUAUGUGCUCAAGCUGCUGCAGACGAGUGCAGUGGAGCUGCGGCAGAUCCUCGUGUUCAUCUGGACCAAGAUCCUGGCUCUUGAUAAGACAUGCCAGGUGGAUCUGGUGAGGGAUGGCGGCCACAUGUAUUUCAUCAAGUGCCUUGAGACCCACGAGCCAUACUCCUCCGACCCCAGGGAGCGAGCCACAGUGGCUUUUCAGCGAGCCAUGGCUGCGUUUGUGCUUGCGCUCAUAUGCGAUGGCGGGACUCAUCCCUCUCUGCCUGAUGCACAUCCAAGCUGCGCCUCCAGCAGAGCCACUGCUGCUGCAAUGGCUGUGCCUGUGUGUGGGCAAGCUGUGGGGGGGAGCGCCAGAGGCACAAGCAGCGGCAUUGGCUCAGCAUCGCGCCCCUCAGAUCCUUUCCCCGUUACUGUCAGAGCCACAGCCAGAGGUUCGGGUCUCAAUCUUCCCUCUCUCGCUCCCCAAGUCAACAUGGUAGGGCUUAGGCUCGGCACGGACGGUCGGCUGUACCCCCGGCCAGGUCCGGCAGUGAACGCACCUCUCCCGGUCCUCCAAUCCACCGCAGGCUCGGCGGUGGUGGGCCGGAUGCUGGCACAUUCAUUUGACGCAGCAGGCUCAGGAGUAGGCUCGGGAGGUACGGCGGCAGGUUCGGGGAACACAGCAGCCUCGGGAGGGUCAGCUUCGUACUUGAGAGUGUAUGAGGAGGAAGGGGAGAGGGAUGGUGGGGGGGGAGCAGCAGCAGGAGGGGUAGGAGGGAGCAAAGGACAGGGGGGUGUGGGGAGCAAGGGCACAGGGGCGGCAGCAACUGGGGCAGGCGGUACUGUAGCAGGUACAGGAGGAGGGGCGGGAGGAGGAGGAGAAGCAGGAGAGAGUGGUGUUACAAUAAUGAUACCUCCUUUGGUGAAUGGGAUUGUUCCUAUAGCAGAAGGUGCUUCUGAGAGCGAAGCUUCAUCAGGGGAGGACAGAAGUAGGGGCAAUGAGGGCCAGCAGCAGUCAGGUGAAAAUCCAGCUUCGGCGCCGGACCUCUCCUUCCUCCGGGGCGCUGCCGAAGCUGCCAGCGGCUCGCCCGGGAGAGUGCUAGGGAUGCCUCCAGGGGAUGUGACUGUAAGGGGCGGAAGGCCUGGGUGGCUGGGACAACCCCAAGGCAGGAUACCCCCGGGAAUGGGUCCAAACGGCGGGCUUAUAUGGGGGGGAUUAGAUGUUACAGACAGCGCGACUUACCUGCAGAGUAUGAUUGCUGUAUACACCCUUGCAAGGGACCCUGCCCCGUCUGUAUCUAAGAUCAGCCGACAGACUCUUGCCCAGAUUGGCUCCUCUGUAGCUGCAGCAGCUACUAGUCUCAACGCGGCAGCGGCAGCGGCAGCAGCGGCGGCAGGAGCAGGAGGAGGGGUGGGGGGAGCGGGGCCGGGAGGAGGAGGGAUGGGCGGAACUGGGAUGGGGUAUGACGCGUUUAUGAUGCCGAUGAUGGUGCCUGGGAUGGGUGCGGUUGGGGGGGGCAUGGUAGCAGGGGGGCUUGCUCCGUCUGCUAGCUUCAGCAACCUGACUCGGAGCAGCAGCAGAGAUACCGGGACGGUGAUAAUCACUGGUGCUGGUGCGGCUGCGGCUGGUGGUGGAGCCAUUGGCACUCCGAAUCUCUCUCUCGCUGCUGCUGCAGCAGUGGGGGCCGCGGGGCCUGUGGGUUUGCCAGGCCUGGGGGGGGUGGGCGGGGGGAUGGGGCAUCACGGGCUGAUGAGUCCUGCCAUGAGUCCACGUGUCCCCUCCCCAUUGGCUGUUGGGUUGGCUCCUGCGAUUACCCGGUCAACUUCAUGGGUUGCGCCUGUCAACGCUCCACACCCAAUCGGCAGCUGGCGCCAGCUGGCAGCACCACAGCUCGCCAUGUCACCCUCUGCCGCCGCAGCUUCGGGAUUCCUCCAAGCCCGGGACCCGUUCGGCCUGGUGGCUCGGGACAGCCUCGGGCUGCCGCCAAUGCUGGCAGCAGGUUCGGGAAUGCAGGCUCGGGACAGUGGGAUGCGGAGGGUAAUGACUGCAGUGGAUUUCUCGUCGUCCCAGCAGCAGCAGCAACAGCAGCAGCAGCAGAGGCAGAUGGGGGUGAUGGGGAAUGGGGAGAUCCUUGCAGGAGUGCAUGUGCUGUCAUCUGUCACAGGAGGAGGAGGGUACCCGCCCUUGAGACCAAAUCACGCAGCUGUCUCGUCAGACGCCAUUGCGCACCCAUCCAACCCACCUGCACUUACAACCCCUGCUAGUCGCCCUCAAAACCCUAACUCCGCUUCCUCUCAACCUUCUACUACGAGUGCUGCCCCUGCUGCUGCCCCUGCUGCUGCGCCUGCUGCCACCUCUGCCACUGCCCCCUCUGGUGCUGGUACAGCCGCGGGUACAUUGCCUGCUGUGGGAUAUUCAAGCAUCCCGAAUCCUGCUGCUGCUGCUGGCUCCAAUGCGACAAGCUCUACAGGCACAGCCGGUGGGCCCAGUGGGCUAGGGACCCCCCCGGCCCUCUCCGGCCCUCUCUCGGCCUCUCUCUCCGCGUCGCUCCUGGACCCGUUUCUGUCGCUGGAUGCAGCGGCAGCGGCGCAGGCGAAGCCGGUGCCCAAGUCGGGGCUGUAUGCGUGGAGCUGUGGGCACUUGUCGCGGCCGCUGCUGGAGGCGGUGUGUGACGCCGAGGCUGAGACGAGGCGUGCGGCGAGAGAGAAGCGAGCGGUUGAGGGUGUGGCAGAAUGCCGGCGAGCCACGGUGAGCAAGGUGAGCGAUCAGAUCGCCAGCUUUGACACCGAGUCUGACAUGAUGACAGAGGCCGUGCUCCUGCACCCCUUCCUGCCACUCGUGUGCAUUGCGGACGAGAACGAGGUUGUGAGAAUCUGGAACUACGAGGAGGGACUGACAGUGAGCACGUUUGACAACCAGACGGGAGGUGGAGGUGGGGCGGACAGGCACAAGGGAGUGAGCCAGCUGUGUCUGCUCAACGAGCUAGACGACACUCUAUUGCUCGUCGCCUCCAGGGACGGGAGCGUGCGUGUGUGGAGGGACUUUGCGCGGAGAGGCAAGCAACGAAUAGCCACAGCAUGGCAGGCCGUUCAGUGUGCGGAAGGGAGGUGUGGGGGUGAGAGGGCGAACGGGGGCAGUGGUGGAGUGGUAGCAGCUUAUGGGGUACCUGGUAAGAUCUCGUUGUGUGUCUCUAGAUCGGAUGUGUGUGAUUCUGAUGGGGGAGGUGUGGGGAAGGGAGGUGUGGGGGUGAGAGGGCGAACGGGGGCAGUGGUGGAGUGGCAGCAGCUUAUGGGGUGUGGGGAAGGGAGGUGUGGGGGUGAGAGGGCGAACGGGGGCAGUGGUGGAGUGGCAGCAGCUUAUGGGGUACCUGGUAAGAUCUCGUUGUGUGUCUCUAGAUCGGAUGUGUGUGAUUCUGAUGGGGGAGGUGUGGGGAAGGGAGGUGUGGGGGUGAGAGGGCGAACGGGGGCAGUGGUGGAGUGGCAGCAGCUUAUGGGGUACCUGUAUGCUUCGGGCGAAAUCUCCUCCAUCCUCGUGUGGGACCUAGACAGGGAGCUGCUGGCUCACAGUGUGCCCACUGAGUGUGACUCUGCCGUGACGGCUCUGGGAUCAUCUGUUGUCCAGCCAAGCUACGUGGCAGCGGGGUGUGACGACGGCUCUGUUCGGCUAUUUGACAUUCGCUCGCAACCCCGGGCGCAGCUCGUGUGCGGCACGCACCACCACUCGCAUCGGGUCGCGGGAAUUGCAUUCCACCCCGCCAGCACUUCCGCACCUCAAAUUAUCUCUGCUUCAAGUUCUGGCGAGAUUGUAUUUUUAGAUGCCCGAAAUCCGGGGCAGCCAAUUAGAAGAGUGGAGGCGCAUAAGGGGCACCUCACAGCGCUCUCGGUUCACCGGCACCUGCCUGUCAUGGCCACGGGCAGCUCAAAACAAUUAAUCAGAGUGUUCAACAUGUCUGGGGACCUAUUGAGUGUCGUGCGUUACCACAACAGUUUCCUGGGUCAGCGCAUCGGCCCUGUCAGUGCGCUGCACUUCCACCCGUACCGACCCCUCCUGGCCGCGGGUGCCACUGACUCCAUUGUUUCCAUCUAUGCGGGGGAGACACACCGCAGCUAG